AUGGAACUAGAUGAAUAUGAGUCGGACGACUUGUUGAAUGCUUUGAGCAGGCAGUCGGAUCAAUUGAUACUACAGAUCACAAACAAGGUCCAGAGGCUCCCCCUAGACCAUAGUCAUAUUGUGGUAGACUCAAUCGUCAACCUUAUCAAUGAGUUUGAGAUGGGCCCCAAUCUUUUGGAUUCGGUUUUGACACCAAUUAUUGAGUCACUAAUCCAAUUCUACAUCAACGAAUGGGAUAAGACAAACUUUCCCAACGAGAUGACGCGUGCAAUUGGAGUGGUGGUCUACAAUUUGGCAAAAGUACGAGGGUUUAAACCCAUUUCCAAUUUCUUCCCCAGUGAUGUCUACAUGGUGAUAAAGAUCCUUGCCAUGCUCCAAAGAAAUGACCUUGACGAGAAUGAAACUUUCUUCAACCUUCUUUGGCUCACAAACUUGGUUCUUGUUCCAUUUUCUUUCGAGAAGCAUAUGAUUAAUAACUUCUUCGAUAUUUCGUUGUUCCAUCUUAAGAAACACUCAAAUGGAUCCAAAAACCAGCAGUGUUCACUGAUUUUGAUGUCGAGGUUCUUAAGCAGACCCGAUCUCAUCCAAUUGGGAUACCUUGAUGAGUAUCUUUGUGGAUUGUUUGAAAACUGGGAUGAGACAAUCGAGUCUGAGAAAUUGGGUCACUUUAUGGUGAUUAAUAAAUUACUCAAAAUAUGCCCUAAAUCUUCAAUUUUGACGUAUACGAAUAAGAUAUAUGAUCAGAUAAUCCAGCUUGAGCUAAUGAACUUGAAGAUUGGGAGAAUGAACAAAUUGAAUCUACUGUUUAUAAUCAAAAUACUUUGCAAAUUGGCAGAAGAUUUUGCAGCCGAGAACCAGUACAGCCUCAUCGAGAAAAUCAUGGAUAAUUUGAUAAACGAUGUUCUCAAGUUCUUCAAUGAAUCAUUAGAAACGAACUUAAGAUACAAAUUGUCCAAAAGCUUGAGCGGAAUCAGUAAAAGCCUUGUUCGGGUGGUGAAUUAUCAUGAGCAGAUAUUAAUCUAUUUAAUACAGCAAUUGGAUUUGAGCAUUGAUAUAUCAGAACCCUCUGAUUACAGUUCUAUUUCGAUGUCUACCUUUCUUGAUGUGGACAUUGAUUUUGAUCAAAUAUCGAUUGCAACUUACCACACCAUAUUGUUGUACUUGGGGUAUAUGGCAUUGAAUAGAAUCCUUCCUUUACAUAUAUACCCUGCUGCGUUGAGCAUUGUGCACAAGACACUAUUCACACACCAAAGGAGAUACAGCAACAAUGUUGGAAAUCAAUUGAAGGAUUCUUCUUGUUUUAUACUUUGGUCUAUCAUGAAAUCAUUGAGUACAUCCGACUAUGAACAACUCGAGUCUACCAAUCCAACUAUGUUUAUGCAGCUUUUCAUUGAUCUCAUAGAAGUUUCCAUUUUCGAUAAAGAUUUGAUAAUCAGAAGAUGUGGUGUUUCUGUGCUUCAAGAGGUUGUAGGAAGAAUUGGAAACAGAUUGAUCAAAACUGAGGAUAGAAUGCUUAAAGGACAGCAGACAAUCCUUUUCGUUGAGAUAUUUGCGUCCAACAACGUGAGUACAGUAUCAGAAUCUUUCAAAAGUUUGGAUAAGCUUCUUGGAAUGGGACUUGAUAAGGGAUUACUUGUGGAAAUGAUCAUACGAAACAUCCUAAAAAACGACGAUGAUUUUGAGUAUCAGAAGCUUCUCUCUUCCAAGCUCAUUCAGUUUAUGAAAACCAGCUCAGAAGCGAACUUGCCAUUGAGUAUUUCGAGACCUGUUCCUGAUUAUAUGGCCAUUUCUAAUACAUUUGCCGAAAUGAAUCAUUCCUUGUACCUCCAAAGUGAAUUGUGGAGAAACUUUGAAGACACCAAUGAACAUACUAAGAUAGUGGAUAUAAAAGAUUUCAGCGAUGGAAAAGCAGAAGAUUUCAUCGAAUUUGUGGCAUACCGUUGUAAUGCAGGCUGUGUUGAUGAUCUAGAGCAUUUCUUUGAAAAAAUUGUUCAUACGAAGAGGGAUACCAGUGACAGGCUUGUGAAACUCUUUACAUUGAUGUCCAAAAAGAGAAUAGGGAUUUCAGACAAUGUCUUCAAAACCGUAGCUCAUUAUUUGCCGGCAUCAUUCACCAAAAGCAUCUUUUACCUUGAAACACUUACACAACCGCAAAUUCAACGUCUUCUUUUGAUCGUGCACUCAGCUCACCUUGAUUAUGAGAUCCGAUUCAACUUGAUAGUUUGCUUGCAUAAGGUUUAUUCCUCUUCAAAGCUCAUAAAUGCUAAUCAGCUCAAUCACUUGAUUGAACUAUUGAAUGACUAUACCACUACAGAGCAAGGUGAUGUCGGAAGCAAGAUUAGGGAAGCUCUACUCAAUUUCAUACAAGACUUUUUACCGGCUUUCAUAGCUUCAGCUUCUACUUUAACUGAGUCACUUUGGAGAAUAUCGGGAGAACCGAUAGGGAAAUUGAGGACCAAAGCUUUCAGCAUUCUUCUUAAACUAAAUGGAGUUGACUUUUCUUUAGAAACCAUGUCGGAAUACUCCUACUACAAGCAUCUAUUUCAAUUCUACGAUUCAAAUGCCAGCACUCAGGAAGAAGUCACUCAGUUUUGGAAAGGCAUAAUUCUCAGCAUCGGAGGUCUUACAGGAGAAACCACUAAUAUCAAAGCGUCUUUCAAGCAGUUCAUUUUGUACUUAGAUAUGAAGGACCAAGAUGGAAAGAAUAGCAUAUUCAAAGAAAUUUUGUCUCUUAUUACCAAGAAAAAUAUUGAGCUGCAAAAAACCUUAAAAGAGUACAUGCAUGGAUUAAACUUAAUGGUGAAAAUGUUUGAAUCCAACUCUUAUGUUCCUACAGAAUAUCUAUCAUCCUUAUAUGUAAAGGCUUAUAAUCUCCAGAUCAAUUGUUCAAAUUUGAUUAGGAUCAAAUUAAGUCUUCGGGUGAUGAUGUGGCUCUGUAUUCAGGGUCAAGACAAAAAAACCGCCACUAUUAGCAUCAAAAGAAUCAUAAAUGUGAUUAAAACACACAGAGUCCUGCCCAUACGAACAUACUGUAUGGAGCUUUUUUAUGAAAUACUUUUGGAGAGACAUGACCCAAAACAUGAAGAGUUAGAGACCCUUGACAUUGAUGACAAACAGCUGGUUGAUCACAUCACCAAAUAUUUAUUGACAUUAUAUACGUAAAUAUCGUUACAAUCCAACAAUCAAGUUGUCAGAAGAGCUGAGGAAUUUCUGGUUUCUCUUUUUCAAAUCUUCCUGUUGAACGUUAAAAAGGCUUUUGUUCAUGGGGAGUGACUGAAUUAUAGGGGACUUAACUGAGUUCUGUCCUUCAUUAGCAGAUACAGGCUUGGAGACAGUUUGUUGUUGGGACUCAGGAAGUUGGGUGGGUGUCACGGAAACAUUAGGAUUGGAGAGUCUUCUGAGAAAUUGGUAAACCAUAAUACUUCAAGAUGAAAAUUAGUUUUUUUGUUUGAUUUGGGCAGAUAAUUGGGGUUUUAUAGGCCAAAAAUGUGGGGAGCAUGAAACGUGCAGGAGCGUGCCUGAGAUAAGUCAAAAAAAAAAGAUUGGAGAUAU